CCAUCAACAUCUUAAAAGUUAAUUCUUUGUUAGUGGAGUGCAGUAUUACCACUGGAAACUUUAAAAAUGGCGUACCAGCCCAUACAAUUCACCAGUUCUUUCCAAGUGUGCCAGCGGGGUACAAAAUAAUCGAACGACCUCUUACUGUAAUUUAUUUACCUAUUAAUGUUUCUUCGGUUACCAGUAUAACCCUUAAAAUACUUGAUCAAGACGGCGACAUUGUCAAUUUUAACGGAGAAGUGAUUACGAUAGGGUUACACCUUAAAAAGGCCAAUCAUGGUUAAACGAUAUAAUCAAUGUGGGUGCAAGCACGAUCACAAUAAAAAGGCUCAAGUUGUUCGGUCUAAGAUUAGUAAGGGUGCAGCAGUCAAACCACUCACAGCUGUUAACAAAGCUUUUCUAAAAUCUCUCGGCUUUACUACUUUACAAUGAAUAUAUUGGACGUAAAUGAGAAAGUGCUUGUAGAUAACAGCAUAAUAAAUUAUCAAUAUCAUACUCAUCAACCAUACAGUACGAGAUUUGGAAAUAAUGACGAAAUUAGAAUUCCAAUACAAGAAGAUAUGUGCACUCUUCCUUCGGAAAGUCAUCUCUACAUUGAGGGAAAAUUACUGCGAGAAGAUGGGACGGCGUCACUUACCGCAAGAUUUGUAAAUAACGGUGUAGCAUUCUUGUUUAGUGAAAUUCGUUAUGAAAUAAACGGGAUUGUAGUGGAUUCCCUUACUAAAGCCGGAUUAUCAUCGACAAUGAAGGCUCUAGUUUCUUUAACCCCUAACGACAAUACGCGAUGUCAAAUUUCCGGAUGGUUUCCUACUGCUAAUAGUACGGUUACCAGUCCAACGGGCCAUUUUAACGUUUGUAUUCCAUUAAAGAUGCUCUUGGGCUUUGCGGAAGACUACAGAAAAGUCAUAUUAAAUAUACGACAAGAACUUGUUCUAAUCCGAGGUAAUACAGAUAAUGACGCCGUAAUAUCUACAGCUGCCGAUGAAGCUCUCAAAGUUGACAUCGAGAAAAUCUAUUGGAAAGUACCUCACAUUAUUCCGGCGCUGGCCGAAGAAUUAGCUUUGACCAAAUACAUUGACAAGAAAUCGGAGACGCAGAUAGCGUUUAGAAGUUGGGAAACGCACCUAUACCCAGCUCUUCCACAAACUGAUAAACAUACGUGGGCGAUAAAGACAGCAACUAGUUUAGAAACGCCCCGAUAUAUUAUCGUAGGUUUACAAACAGAUCGGGAUGGACAAGUUAGUAAAGAUAUGAGCAAAUUUGAUCACUGCGAUAUUAAAAAUAUUCGAGUCUUUCUCAAUACGGAACGUUAUCCUUACGAUAAUUUAAAUAUUAAUUUCGGGAAUAAUCGAUACGCAACUUUAUACGACAUGUACGCAAAGUUUCAAUCUUCUUACUACGGCACAGAGAAUCGACCAUUACUUACACCCAAGCAAUUUAAAGAUUCGGCUCCUUUAAUCGUAAUUGAUUGUUCAAACCAAAAGGAGGGUUUAAACUCGAAAUCGGUGGUAUUACGAAUUGAAUUUGAAACUAAUGCGAACGUAGCGAAUAAUACUACAGCGUAUUGCUUGAUUUUACACGAUCGGCUGUUUACGUACAACGCAUUAACGAAAGCCGUAAGACAAAUAUAAAAA